UGGACGCGCGCCUGUGGAGGCGUGCGCGUUGGCGGCGCCGGGGGCCUGAGGAGGCGUAGUCGCCGCCGGCUUUUCCCUGGGAGCGCCUCCGGGACUCGUGCGUGGCCGGCAGCUCAGGAACAGCAACUGAGACCGGAUGUGACCUUCUCCUUCCUGGAAUAGCUCAAGUUCUUAAAAGUUGCGUGUAAACUUGAGGAGGCUGGGAAGUUCAAGAUUUUGGAGGCUGGGAAGUUCAAGAUCAAGAUGCUGACCAAUUUGGUUCCCUAGUGGAGGCUCUCUUCCUGACUAGUAGAUGACUGCCUUCUUGCUGUGUUCUCACAUGACAAAGAGAGGAAGCAAAGUCUAUGGUGGCAGUUAUAUCAAGGAAGCAUUGGGACUUGUGGCUGCACUGUUCCAGAAUAAAAAAAUUAGAAAAUGGAGCAAUCAUGUGAUGAAGAAAAAGAACCUGAACCACAAAAGAACAUAAAAGAAACCAAACAAGUAGAUGAUGAAGAUGCUGAGCUCAUCUUUGUUGGUGUGGAACAUGUAAAUGAAGAUGCUGAGCUAAUCUUUGUUGGAGUGACUUCAAAUUCAAAACCAGUCGUUUCAAACAUUUUGAACAGAGUCACCCCGGGUUCAUGGUCAAGGAGAAGAAAGUAUGGUCAUCUUAGAAAAGACACUGCUCACAAAUUGCAGCCUACAAGUCAUGAGAACCUUACAUCAGAAGCAGUGACUGUCUUGCCAGCUUCCCAACUUGAAUCGAGAUCAGCAGAUAGUCCUAUUAUUAUUGAGCCUUUGUCUAAACCUGAUUAUAAAAAUAGUUCACCACAAGUUGUGCCUAAUAGCUCUUCAGAACUACCUUCUCCUUUGAUUAAAUUCACAGGUUCAUUGCAUCAUCCAGUAAGUGCAGCACUUUCAGUAGGAGGUAUAAGUGAAAGUCCUUGUGUAUCAAAGCGACUUUCCACUUCUGAAGUAAACAGCAUAAAUCCCAAAAGGUCUAAACUCAGGGAUGGAAUUAUGGAAGGAUAUUCUUCAGCUUCAUCCCCUUCAGAUACCUUUCAUACAGUGAAUACAGUGAGUACUCAGCAAAGUACACCCUCAAACAAUGUGCAUACCUCAUUAAGCCAUGUUCCAAAUGGAGCACCUUUUCUAGAAGCUUUUCCAAAGGACAAUAUGCAUUUCAAGCCUAUAAAUAUAAAUCUUGAUAGGGAAAAUGAAUUGGCAAAAACAGACAUUUUGAGUCUAGCAAGUCAAAACAAGAGCCUUGAUCCCAAGAAAGAAAAUCCGAUUGUAUUACUUAGUGACUUCUACUAUGGACAGCAUAAAGGAGAUGGGCAGCCAGAACAGAAGACUCACACCACCUUUAAAUGCCUCAGCUGCUUGAAAGUUCUAAAAAAUGUUAAGUUCAUGAAUCACAUGAAGCAUCAUUUGGAAUUUGAGAAGCAGAGGAACGACAGCUGGGAAAACCACAUAACCUGCCAGCACUGCCACCGUCAGUUUCCCACUCCAUUUCAGCUGCAGUGUCAUAUCGAAAAUGUCCACACUGCCCAGGAGCCCUCUACGGUCUGUAAGAUUUGUGAAUUAUCAUUUGAAACAGAUCAGGUCCUUUUACAACACAUGAAGGACCAUCAUAAGCCUGGGGAAAUGCCCUAUGUGUGCCAUGUUUGCCAUUACAGAUCAUCGUUCUUUGCUGAUGUGGAAACACAUUUUAGAACAUGCCAUGAAAACACAAAGAAUUUGCUUUGUCCCUUUUGUCUCAAAAUUUUCAAAACUGCAACACCAUACAUGUGUCAUUAUAGGGGCCAUUGUGGAAAGAAUGUACAUCAGUGUUCUAAGUGCCGACUACAGUUUUUAACUUUCAAGGAGAAAAUGGAGCACAAGACCCAGUGUCAUCAAAUGUUUAAGAAGCCUAAACAACUGGAAGGAUUACCUCCUGAAACAAAAGUUAUUAUUCAAGUGUCGCUGGAACCUCUUCAGCCAGGAUCAGUGGAAGUAGCACCCAUAACUGUGAGCACAUCUGACUCCGAACCAUCACCCCCCAGUUCUAAAAGCAAAAUUUCAAAAAAGUUUCAUUAAUUCUGAUUUCAAUAAAUUUAAAGCAGGUAUUUCAAACUGAAUUUUAAAAUGUCAUAAAAAGGAAUACAAACCAUACAUUAUUCAGUGGCACCAAAAAUAGUGAAAUUAGGGGAUUAUAUGUGACUUUUAAAACAAAAUUUAGGAUAUAUAUAAUAUUUGAUCCGAAUUUUGAGGUAUUUUAAAGCAUCUGGUUUUCAUGUUAACUGUAUCUUACCACAUAAAAAGUGUAUGUGUAUGUGUGAGAGAGAAAAAGGUAUUAAUUUAUUUUUUUAAUUUUAAUUUUUUUUUUUUUUUAGAGACAGGGUCUCAUUGUCACCCAGGCUAGAGUGCAGUGGCAUGAUUCUAGCUCACUGUAGCCGUGAACUCCUCCUGGGCUCAAGCAUUCCUCUGCCUCAGCCUUUGGAGAGUAGCUAGGACUACAGGUGCAGCCACCACACCCAGCUAAGUUUUUAUUUUAACUUUUUGUUGGGAUGGAGCUUCGUUAUGUUGCCCAUGCUGGUCUUGAACUCCUGACCUCAGGCGAGCCUCCCACCUCAGCCUACCAUGUGUGAGCACCUAUUUAUUAUUUUGGUAUUUCAUGUUACUCCUAAGCUUGAAAGCUCUUCUUUCUAUAUACAGAAUUCAUAGAAUUUUUGAAAUACUUAGUUUUCUUUUCAGCUUUUUCCAUGCAUUAAAGAUUUCAUGGUUAACUCUAGUUAGACUGGAAUGGCUUUGUUAUGCCCUGGCCACUUGCUGCUGAAUUCCCAGAAGUGCCUCUGAUGUUCUGGCAUAAAAUAACCUGAAAAGAUUCUGAAAAGCCAGGGUGUGGAAUUGAAAGAGAAGCUGCUGCAUGAGCAGAGACCAAGAAAGUGAAGGUUAGUUGAGGGAGAGCAGUAGCUCUUUGUCCCAGUUGAAGGAUAGACAUACAUUCAUUCUGGUCUUGGGGCUAGGUCAAAAGGAACACUGCUUUAGAGUGUGUUUACCUAACCCGAAAAUAUCCAAGGAAGCCAAACCAUUCAAAGUAAAAUGCCUUUGUUUGGUGAGAGGCUGCUGCAGACAUCAAACAGUCGCCAUGUAUCAUUGGUUUGAGAUGAAUGAAGUAGCAAUAAAAUUAAUAGAAUGGUUGCUGGUGCUAGCUGACUUCCUGUUCUGUGAUCUAAAGGUGAAUUUGAUUCAUUCCCUCUCCUCUCCCUUUUGGCUAGCUAUUAGUGGAGAAUGAACUGGCCAUAUUCCUCUCAGCCACCCCAGUAAAGCAAGUUAAGUUUCCCGAGGGGAAGACACUCUGAUAUCUAUAAUUUGAAAGAUGUCUAUAAUUUGAACUAUAUUGGACCCAAAGUUUUAACUGAAAAGGGCCAAACAAGUGGUGUCUGUCCAGUUCCUGGACUUGGCUAAAUUUAGUUUUCCUACUGUUAAGCUGGAAUGGGGACUGUCCAAGAACAGAAGAUACAGUGCACAAAAAUAACCCAGGGUGACUAAAUUUAAACCCAUAAUGGCUUUAUAUUUUUUUGUGCAUAUGUAUUUUGCCCUAAUGGGAAGCUUGUGACUUUUAUAUCUUGCCUUGGACAUGAAUGUAUUACAGCUUACAGUUAUUCUGUUGUAUGUAUAGUUUCCCAGUUUAUCAACACUAAUGCUGUUUGUGUCUUGACACACCAGUGUGCAAAAAAUGUCUCUCUAAUUCAGUAAGUGUUAAGACUUAGAGUUAAUGUUCUUUAAUCUACCCUAUCUAAUCUGUACUAUUACUAUGGGGGAACAUUUUUCCCUUGCUCUCCGCAGAGGCUGUUUUAUAGAAUUCUUGAAUACCUUUUGAAUAUUAGUUCCUGAACAUCAGCAGCCUUGGCUGCCUCUGUGGAUUCCUAAGUUGUCUCCCUGGUUGUGUUCUGGUGCCAUCCUCUGUGCCACCCCUGACCGAGGUGACUAGCAGCCGGUCUUCACCAAUCAAGGAAUCUUGGCAUCUUGACUAUAGACAUAGGUCUGGAGAAAUCUCCUUUUUUCCUUGAUUUCUCCUUAAAGGCACCUUAUCUCUUCCCCACUCCGUUCUUCUCUCCUCAAUCUAGUUAAAUUUCCUAAGAGUUUUACAAAAAGUUGGGAAGAGAUAAUUAAGAGUUUAGCAUCCCUCUUAGAACAAGAGUAGAAGGCAGUACAGAUAAUAAAGUUGAGAGUAUAUUAUCUAUGUUUUGUUUUUUGUUUUUAAAUUUUUUAAACUUUUAUUUAUUUUAUUAUCCACGUUUUAGAAAUCUAUUUUCUAAUUUUAGAUCCAUAGAUUAUGUUGUAUUUAUUUACCUGAUGCUCACUUAAUUGAUUUGCACCUUGAACACUACUAGGCCUUUUCAGUUACUUUGCUUCGGUUAAGAAAUUUUGCUAAAAUUUCAGCCCGAAUCCUUUCUUUAGUUGAAGAAAGGGUAUGUGUGUGCAGUUGGGUGUUUGUGCCAGUUGUUCUGGUCUCAGGUAGAUAUUCCUACUGUGUAUAAAUAGAUCUAUAGACUUUUCAUACUUAUCCCCUGUAGUCUGUUUCUUGGCAAAAAUAUGAAAUGUUUAAUUUGUAUGUUUUAGUGAUUGGUUGGUAUUAGAAACACUUGUUUGCUGUUUCAUUAAAGCAUGCUCUUAAGGAGUACAUAUGGUCAUUAAUUGCCAACUAUAGAUUCCAGUGAUCUGGUCCCUGCCUACCUCCUUCCUCUAUAUUUCAUUCUCUGUCGUGCUUCUCUACUGUUUUCCCCAAUGAUGCACUAUUUUGACACACUGGCCUUGCUGUUCCUUAAGCAAAUCACAUUCUUCCCAAUCCAAAGACUUUGCACAUGUUAUUUUGUUUCGUAGAAUGUCCUUCCCCUUGGCCUGCAUGGCUUGCUACCUCACUUAAUUGUUUGACACUUCCUUUGGUUCAUUGAGCUUCAAGGCUCUUAGAAUGACACUGACAAUGAAAUCUCCCUCCUUUUUUUUUUUUUUUAAACGACAGCCACCUUUUAACUUUCUCCUCUUAAAGGCACUUUACCGUCUCCCUACUCUUUUCUUCUCUCUUCAGUCUAUUUAAAUUUCCUAGGUUUUCAUGAAAAAGUUGGAAAGCGAUCAUCAUCAAGGGCUUUGCUUCUGUCUUAGAGUAGAGCUAAGCUUGAGUCAAUUUCUGUGCCUGCAACCAAAUGAAAAUUAAUAUAGUGCGUUCUUUCAGGAGCUUUUUCUGUUUUUUCUAUUGAUACCUCUAUAUAUUUUUAAGGCAAUGUCACUUUGUUUACAAAUAUAUUGAAUAUGUCAAGAUUACUAUUUUGUUAUUACCCUUUGUGAAUUUUCUGGUCUAUUUUGCUCGCUUGUUCUUUCAGAUGAAAUUUAUUAUUUUAUUAAUGUUGCCAAAAAUUGUAAGCAAAAUAUCAAUUAUAGUAAUAAAAUGUUUUGUGAAAAACAA